AUGUGUUCAACAGCUAAACAAAAUAGUGGGCUUUGGAAAUGUCCUGAAGUAACAUCCGAUGCACAACUUCGUCUUUACAAUAGUUUUACUAAGAAAAAAGAACUAUUUGUACCAAUUAAUGGUAAUGAAGUACGAUGGUAUACUUGUGGACCAACAGUUUAUGAUACAUCUCAUAUGGGUCAUGCACGAACUUAUAUUUCAUUCGAUAUAGUUCGUCGUGUUAUAUCGGAUUAUUUUGGUUAUGAUGUUCUCUAUUGUAUGAAUGUAACGGAUAUUGAUGAUAAAAUUAUUAAACGAGCUCGUGAACGAUAUUUACUUAAAAAAUAUAUGGAAGAUAGUUCGAUUCCAAUUAAUAAAGUAGUUGAAGAUUGUCAACAAGCACUUACACAUGUCAAAGAAAUUCGAUCGCGUGAAAAUGAUAAAGAUAAACAAACGAUGUACGAUAGACAAAUUUCAUCGGUAGAAAAUGCUCUUCAAAAUCUUCAUCUUUCAUCCGAUGAUGAAAUGAAACGAAAGAAAUUAUUUGAUGAUUGUCGUGAUAAUCUUGCAACUUAUUUGGAUUUUAAUCAUUCUCAUACAACAAAUCCACUUGAAAAUGAAGUUUUUCUUGAUUUAGCUCGUCAUUAUGAAUCAGAAUUUCAUUCCGAUAUGUCAAGUUUAAAUAUUUUACCUGCACAUGUCUUAACACGUGUUAGUGAAUAUGUACCGGAAAUAGUAAAAUUUAUUGAAAAAAUUAUUUCAAAUGGUUAUGCAUAUGAAUCAAAUUCAUCUGUUUAUUUUGAUACAAUUAAAUUUCAUAAACAACAUUCAUAUGCCAAAUUAGAACCUGAUCGUAUGGGUGAUAUUGCUGCAUUAAGUGAAGGUGAAGGUGCAUUGACAACAUCAGAAAAUACAACGAAAGAAAAGAAAAAUGAUUGUGAUUUUGUUUUAUGGAAGAAAAGUAAAACAGGUGAACCAGUAUGGCAAUCACCAUGGGGACUUGGACGACCAGGAUGGCAUAUUGAAUGUAGUGUUAUGGCUAGUGCUGUAUUAGGACCACAAUUUGAUAUCCAUACAGGUGGUAUUGAUCUUAAAUUUCCUCAUCAUGAUAAUGAAAUAGCUCAAUCCGAAGCCUAUUUUGAUAGUGAUUCAUGGGUUAAUUAUUUCUUACAUAGUGGUCAUUUAACAAUUGCUGGAUGUAAAAUGUCGAAAUCAUUAAAAAAUUUUGUAACAAUUCAACAAGCACUUGAAAAAUAUUCAUCGAGACAAAUUCGUUUAUUAUUUUUAUUACAUUCAUGGUCAUCAACAUUAGAUUAUAGUGAUCAUGGAAUGGAAAAAGCGUUAACUUAUGAAAAAAUGUUAAGUGAAUUUUUUCUUAAUAUUAAAACACAUUUACGUUCAUUAAAACAAUUAAAUCAUUCAAGUGCAUAUACAAAAUUUGAGGAACAUGAUCUGACAUUAAAUGAACGUUUUUCAGCAAUUAAAAAACAAAUUCAUAUUGCUUUAUGUGAUUCAGUUGAUACUCCAACUGUUAUGGAAAAUAUUCGUCAAUUAAUAUCAGCAGCAAAUAUUUAUAUGAAUUCAACAAAUAUAACAAUUAAUCGUCUUCUUUUAAGAAAUAUUGCUGCUUAUAUAACACGAUUAAUUAAUAUUUUUGGUUUAAAUUCAACAUCAUCUUCGGAUGAUAUUGGUUUUACUCGAUCUGGUGAACAACAAGCAUCAGCAGUCAAUGUUGAAGAUAUUGCAAUGCCAUAUGUUGAACAAUUUGCUAAAUUUCGUGAUGCUGUACGUACAGAAGCAAUUACGAUUAAGAAUAAAGAAAUUCUUACAUUAUGUGAUCAUGUACGAAAUGAAAUUUUACCUGAAUUAGGUGUUCGAUUAGAAGAUCGUGCUGGUUCAAAUACAGCAACAAUUAAAUUUUGUGAUCCUGAAGUGUUGAAACGUGAACGUGAACAAGCUUUACUAGUUGAAAAGAGUAAACAAGAAGAAAAAGAACGAAGAAAAUUAGAACAACAAGCAGCAAAAGAGGAAAAAGAACGAAAAAAAUUAGAACAACAGAAAGCAAAAGAUGAAAAAGAAGCAAAGAAAACAGCAGCCAAAGAAAAAAAGAACCCUAAUACAAAAGAGCCAUCACAAUCAGCUACUAAUGAUGCAGUUACCGGUGCCACAGCUAAUGGUGAUUCUUAA